CGCGUUUCUUUCAUUACCGUAAUUUCUACCAUUUUUUUUGUUACUGUAGGUUCUGCGCUUGGCAUCGUCUAGACUUUGGGUUUUAAUGAUGUCUCGUUAUGCUCGACCACCAAAUACUUCCCUGUUUGUUAGGAAUGUUGCUGAUGCAACCAGGCCGGAGGAUUUACGACGUGAGUUUGGUCGAUAUGGCCCAAUAGUAGACGUUUACGUACCACUUGACUUCUACACACGGCGGCCGAGAGGAUUUGCUUAUAUACAAUUUGAAGAUGUUAGAGACGCUGAAGAUGCAUUGUACAACUUGAACAGGAAGUGGGUAUGUGGUCGGCAGAUUGAAAUCCAGUUUGCACAAGGAGAUCGCAAAACUCCACUUCAGAUGAAAGCAAAAGAAGGGAGAUCUGUUUCCCCAGAGGACUAUAGGCGAUCCAGAAGUAACAGUAGAAGGUCUCGAAGCAGAAGCGUCUCCAGAGACCACAGCAGGCGACGAUCAGAUAGCCCUAAAGAGUCACGGUAUAGACGAAGAUCUUACAGCAGGUCAAGAUCCCCAUCUGUCUCUCCGCAAAGGCGUUCAAGUUCAUUUAAACGGUCAAGAACUCCAAGAAGGCGUUCCAGCUCAGGGGCAAGAUCAUUGUCCAGGUCUCCACAAAAGCCAUCCAAAUCUCGUGUGAAGUCACGGUCUAGAUCACCCAGAAAAAAUGCUGGAUCUAGAACAAAGUCGCAGUCCAGUCAUAAAAAUUCCAGUUCAGCAGCAAGGUCUCGUUCAAGGUCACCAAAAAGGCGUUCUAACUCUGUCAGUAAGAAUAAGUCUAGGUCUGCUGGAAAGCGGCACAAGUCACGCUCCCGAUCAAGGUCACGAAGCAAUCGUCACAAGAAAAGUAGGAGAUCGGUCUCUUAGGACUGGCAGUUCUGUAAUUUGGUUACAUUUUUCAGCCCUUAUUACUGAUUUGGUUUAUGUGCAUCUUAAGUUCACAAGAGUGGUAUUUGGAUAACAUUUGUAACUAAAAUAUUUUAGUACCACAACCAUGAACUAAAGAACAUAAAUGUUACUGCCUUUAUCUAUCUAUCUUUUUUUUUUUUUUUUUUUUUAUUAUUACAGCUUUGAGUACUAUACAGUGAUGAAGACGGUGCACAUUGGAGAUGAACAAAGCCUUACCUUCAUUGAAACUUCAGAUACUAGAAGCCUUUGCUUGUGUCUAUGUACAUACUUGUAUGUAGGGUAUAUAUUCAUGCAUUUUGCGGAUUUUGGUGUGCUUAAAAAAAGGUGUUUGGCAGAUGCAUUUUAUUUUUUAUUCUGUGUUCCACAGCUAACAUGUACAACAAAAUUUCACCUGUUUAAUUCUCCCCUUCUAAUAUGUAAUUGUUUGAAUUUUUUGGUUAUUUUCUUAAUAUACAGAUGGCCAUUGAAUGAGAUUUUGAUAUUUUGGUACAUUGUUGCAUAUUUGAAGAAAUAUGUCCACUGUUGUAAUUUGCAUCCAUUUUCAAUAAUUGAGAUUUUCACCAUUCCAAUUUUAAGGCAAGUAACAAGAUUCUCUAACGUUUUCAUAGCUUGAGUAAUUGUACACAUGUAUAUUUUGCUAAAUAUAUGGUAGUUUAAUACUGUAGUUUGCAUGGUCUGCUUUACAGAUGGUGGAGCAGUUUGUCCUCACUGUUCCAGCUUGAAUGACUGAUAACUGUGCAUCUAGUAUUUCCUGGACUUUGGUUGCCAGGAAAACUUGUUUGUAUUACUGUGUAUAUACUUGUAAAUAAAUCAUUUUUUUAUUA